CUAAAUCAUCUGUCUGACCUCUCGGAUGACACAGUGACAUCAACAACAGAUGACAGCACUGCCAGUCGCUCAUAUCAUGGUGGCAGGCGCAAUUCUGGUCCAUGUCAUUCACCAACUAGUGGCAACCACUACAUGUGCUCUGGCUUCACACGCAGCAGGAACAACAGCAGUUCAUUAGCUGCGGCACACGCUGAUUUCCUUGACAUUGACCCGCCUUCACAUUCAAAUGACAUCUGGGACCCAAUGAAUCCAUAUGGUUUAUUUAAUCUACCGGAGCCAAUGGGGUCAUCUAAUUCCAGGCGCUCCCGACACUGGGCUGGUGAAAAUAGCCGCAGGGAACGUGAUGGUUAUGAAAUUUUUAAUUUAAACAAUGAAGACUCCAGUGAUGAUGACCUGGCCUCAUCAGUUAGAGCUGCCACUCCGCCCCCACCACCUGCAGAGCUGUUUGAACCUCCAACAUUAGGUGGCAGCAGAUCCCACUUUCAGACUUGUUCGCGUGGGCAAAUACCAAGUACAGAUUUAGAUACAUGGGGUUGCAGGAGGUAUCCAAGCCCACCCCUGUUUCUAAGUGGGAAUAGUGAUUCUGAUGCGUGCAAUUUGGGUAAUUUUUUUUCAUUCUAUAACAAUGAAAGAUAUUUAAAUGUUAGAUAUACAACUGCAGCGCAUAAAUAAGAAACAAAAUUCUGCCUUCCAAAGAAAUAAAAUGAUGAAUAUUAAAUUAAGUAUUAGAAUUAUACAUUUCUAAACAAUUUGGAAAUAAAAUGACCUAGAUGAACAUUGUGAUGAUAUUAAUUCCUAAAUGUCCUUCAUUUAGAAAUUUACAUUUUACAAAAGUGUUAAGCUUGCAGAAUACUAUAAUUUUCAUGAUGAAACAAAAGUUUUUCUUCCCUCAUUUCUAUUCUAUCAUGACAUGCAUUCUACACAGCCUAAUUUGCUAAAAAAACAUACAUUUGCUUUGAGCUCAAUGCCAGUUCAUUAUAGUGCUUUAGUAGGAUUCCUCAGCUUUGUCAGAGAAUUUUUAGCUUUUUUUUGCCAUUAUUUUUUUGCUAACAGUGUUGUAUAACUGAAAGCAUGCAAAGUGAUUACAACAUUAUAAGAAUUUUUAAAUUAAACUAAAAUUUAGUUAACCUAUUAAAAUUGUUAACAUAGUUCCUCUGACAUCUAUUUCCAAUAAACCGUUCAUGGUUCUAAUAUAUUUCUAUGAUCAUCUAUUAAAGAAAGUGUUUAAAAAGUUCAUCUUUUCACAAAAAUUAUCAAGAAACUCUAAUCCUUACAUCUACAACUGGCAUGCAUCACUGGUCAAUCAUAGAAAUUCAACCCUAGCUAUGUGUAGUGUUAAACGGCCUGCUGUAAAUAUGACUAUAAUGCCUAUAUAAACUGAUUAAUGAGACAUGAAUAUUAAGUUGUGUCAAUAGAACAAUAUAAGUUACGUUUUAAUAAUAAUUAUACAUUAUACACAAUUAAAUGUUUCGGCACAUGCCUUCAUCAGUACAAACAAACAAAACACAUUUAAGUAAGUAUAAAUUAAAUUUCUGACAAUCAUUUUAAAAUCAAAUUUCAAAACCAAUGAGUCCUCCAAAUAAUGUUAACAUCCCUAAAAUGAAGCUACAUGUGUUUCCAUUAUCCCAUAUUUAAAGUUUUAAAGAAUUUAACUCCAAAUUAGGCGAGCCCAUUGUUGUUUGCCAACCUUCCCUACUCUAUUUCUUAUUGUUUUCUAUCUCAAUAUGCUGCAGGGUCCGAUGCCACUGGUAAUAAUGCUGGACCCUCAGCAAGUCCAAAUGAUGAUGGAGACCCAGAACCUGCAGCUGUCCACAGUUUCACUGGUAGUCUAUCAGGUAAUAACAUUUGGAUAUUAACUCCACAGCUUUAAUGUAAUGUUCCUCUUGAUUGAUAAGCUAAGUGCAUGUAAUUUAAAUUUAUGUGUUGAAUAGCUAAGUGCACAUAAUUUAAUUUUAUGUGUGAUUACAAAGUAUAAUCUUAUUAAAGCUGAAGUCUCUUAUGAUCUCAGAAUCGAUUGAAAAUUAAUAUAUGAUUUAAAAAAAUUUUUUUUAAAUGCAACAUUUUAUUCUGAUAUAUUUAUAAGGUGUAUUUAAAAAAAAUUGUGAAGAUAUAUUACAAGGGCAUAAAGUAAGUUUUGUUGCUGUUAAAGAGUAAACUUGCUAAAUCUAUAGGGGCAAUUAGAAAAUCUUAACAGUUUAAACAAAAAUAAUAACAUUCACCAGUCUCUGAAAAGUUGUACCUUGUUUAUACAUUGCUGUUCUCUGCUCAAAUUUUUGAACAGAUAUGAUGAGGACCAUUGACUCCGAUAUGCCAUUUCACCGUCGCUCACACAGGGACCUGGCGGAGGAGAUGGUGGAGAUGGUGUUUGUACAGGAAGGCAUGACCUUCAGCUUGCCUGUGCCCAAAAACGGCAAGAAGACUUUGGGUGCUGGAAGGGGAAAGGAAACCAAACAAGCCUGGGACCUGUCAUCCAAGAGGUCAAGAAUCCUGAAAGUUGUUUUGUGGUUUUUUUAAAAAAAAUUCUUAUAGACCCAAUAUUUGACCUGUAGCAGUCCCAACAGGUCAAAUUGUUACUAAAACAUCAACUGCCAAAGCCUAUGCCAGGUCUUUUGAAAUGGUCUGAUGUAUUUAUCUCUUUAAAUCCUUUUUUCUGUACAUGGGCCAGCUUUUAUGUGGAUUAGAUGUUUUCUGACCAAAAGUUAAUUAUCAGAAUUUUUUAAAACUUUUACCUAACUCCCUGUUUAAUUAUUUGUCAAUAAAACGCAAGCAUUUCAAGGCAAAGACUUAACAUUUGAAUUCAGGGGCACUAGGUCAUUGUGAAACACGCAAUUAUAAUAGAGUCCACAGUAUCUUUAUAUCUUUAUAACAUGAUGAAUGUAGCAAUAGUCCAUGUUAUUAUCAUUCAGUGGUUGCAUGCUUUAUUUCUUAUAAUAUAGGAACUCAGAUCCCACUGCCUCUACAUCAUCUACAAACGCAAGUGGCGAGAACAUAAGGGAGACCUUCCUUGAACCUGAUGCUGUUAGAAAUGGUGGGGCCUGCUCUUCGGGAUCGAGUUCAAACCACACAAAUCAGAGCAAUAUUCAAGACAAUCAACACAGGUCUAAUAGACUGGCCAAGGAAUCUAAUGACCUUUCAGCUUCAAGCACCUCUAAUAAUAGUGUUUCUGGGUUUGGCCACAGAAGCAGUAGUCCAUCUUCCAUGACCAAUAAUAUAGGUAGUGAUGAUGGGGAAAGCUCAGCUGGGAGGCGUCAGUUCCUUUCUUUUUUAGAACCAGAUCCUCCUAUGGAUUCCACUAACAGCUCAUUUGAAUCUUCAGAAACCAGUUCCCAGUCCAGUGGAAUGCAUAAUUCUCAUUCUGGGUUUGACUCAUCCAACAAAGUAGACACUCUCAUAGCAAGCCCCUUACCUACCACAGCUGUCAGUAGUAGUUCCACUACACCCUUCAACAGUGGUGGAGCAGAUGCCAUAAACUCCACUGUGACAAAUGCAAGUUCAAAGAAUGGGCAGAACGGUGUAAGUGGUUUGCGUAACUGGCUGCAGGAUAUUUGGCUGCAGCAAUUCAGUGAACAGCUAGGACAAAGCAGAGAAAACAGAGGUAGUGUUGGUGCAGGUAACAUUCACCCAGCUGGAGAAUCCGAUGUCCAGUCAACAGCGGGUACACAUGGCUCAACCACAAUGUCUGAUGACAGUGAUGUUGAAGUUGUGAUGGUGGAGCCCCGGUAAGUUUAAGUUAAUUUAUUUAAAUUACCUGUCAACGUGUCUAGGGAGCGUUAAAUGCGCCAUGUUGAAGAUUUGUCUGUGUUCCAUCUUAGGGGAACCUCUCUUUUUUUUUUUUAAUUUUACGGUAGAUCAUUUUUUUUACCAAACCUGUUUGUUCACAAGCCAACUGCCUUAAUUUUGGAUGGGCAAUGCCUGGAAAGUGUAAAACCCCUCCUAAAAUAAUGCCAAAGAAUAUCUAGGAUGAGGUUAUGCUGGUGCUAAAAACCACUAAACAGUGGCCCAUCUUCUUCCACUAACAAUCUUUUUUUGUUAAAUGUUAAGCGAAAAGGCAGGAACACAAAAUUUUGUGAAAUUUAAAACAUGACAUUGAAGAAAGAAAUAAACGAUUAAAAUUAUUAAAAAAUCCUAUUUAAUUCAAAUUUUUUUAAUUAAAAAAAAGAGCUUUCAUGAUUUUGUUCAAGCCUGUAAAAUGAUGUGUUUCAUCAACAGAAAUAGCCAUGCUACAGUGGUUGUAGAUCUAACUGCUGAAUCCGAUGAAGGGGUUGAUCUGACAGAAUCUGACGAAGGUGAGUUUAAACCCACUGUGCAACAAGUGCAUGGUCAAGGACGUUAUAGUAAUUUUGAUAUGUACACACAGAGUACCAAAAACUAAUAGAAAAAUGAAUCCUGAUGCCCAUUGAAGUGUAAAAUGUUCUGAUUGUUAAAUUGGACAAGAAGUCAUAUAGUAUGAGUUUGGACUUUUGUGAAUGUACAGAAAGAAAAAGCCUUUUCACUGAAUUUGUAAAAUUAAUUUUGGUACAGAUCACAGUGACAGAAAGCAGACAACACAAGAGAUCAGUCAUAAAGUCUAAAAAAAGAUUUCAUUUUAAAAAUAUUACAAAGACAAAGUUUUUAAUCAAAUUUUAUUUUAAAGAAUACUAUUUCCUCCUUUCAAUGAAUGUUCAUAUUGUCUACCUCUUACGGUUAAGAAAUAAAAUUUGUUCCUUUGUUUUAAGUAGAAAAAAAUAAGUUUUUUAUUUAAAAAUUAUUUAGUUAUGAUAAGUAGACAGUAUGCGCCAAAAAUGACAGUACUGAAACUGCAGCAGCUUGAAUGCAUUUGUAUGUUUGUCAACAGUGCAUAGCUCCAGUCACCAUGUGUUUCCUGGGGUUUCAAAGAAGUUUUGUUGGGCAUGUAUUGUUAGAGAUAGGUCUCACAACUUGUAAAGAAAUUUCUCCCUUUCUUGAAGUGUAUUGUUUCAACAGAAGUGUAAUUGUCAAUGGAAGUGUAUUCUAUCAAAGGAAUUGUACUGUCUCAAUGGAAGUGUAUUCUAUCAAAGGAAUUGUACUGUCUCAAUGGUAUUGUACUGUCUCAAUGAAAGUGUAUUCUGUCAAUGGAAUUGUACUGUCUCAAUGGUAUUGCACUGUCUCAAUGGUAGUGUACUGUCUCAAUGGUAUUGUACUGUCUCAAUGGAAGUGUAUUCUAUCAAAGGAAUUGUACUGUCUCAAUGGUAUUGUACUGUCUCAAUGGAAGUGUAUUCUAUCAAAGGAAUUGUACUGUCUCAAUGGUAUUGUAAUGCCUCAAUGGAAGUGUAUUCUAUCAGAGGAAUUGUACUGUCUCAUUGGUAUUGUACUGUCUCAAUGGAAGUGUAUUCUAUCAAAGGAAUUGUAUAAAAGGAGUAAAACAGAGUAGGGUUAAACCUGAAAAAAGGAACGCAAUAAAACAACGAAUGUGUCGACAGAAAGCCUUCGUCAGCGAACAAAACAACAGAAAAAAACAGUAUAAAAAUAAAUAAAAAUAAGAAAUAGCACUUGGCUUAGAAGUAGUAUCCAUGGCCAGCAAAAGAAAUGUGACAGAAAGUAAGUUUCGUAGUCUUGUGAUGGGUAAUGGAAAAAGUUUUUUUUUUUUUUUAACAGGAACUGAGUUCACAAAUAGGGUUUUUAAGUGAUAAUCAGGAUCGUUUUUAUUUUCAAAUAAUGAUUCUAAAGAAGUCUAAGGAUUGUUUGUAUGAAUUUAAUGAAUGUAUUAAAUCUAGCAAAGUUCAAAAAAGUAAUUGAAAAGCUCUGAUUUAACACAUCAUGUUGCCAUAAAACACUGACACAUAUUGUGCCUCACACAGACCAGUUCAGUGCUAUCACCACAUCAUCAGCGAGUCAGAGCCAGCCAUCACAGGAAAUGCGCUAUGAACCACAGUGCUCUUCAUCUCCGCCCCCGCUCUUCAGGCCAACAUCUUUCCUACAAAACCGAAGUCCCAGAAUUCCCGUAAGUUAGCAUUUCAAAUCCAGGCAGUUGUACUUUUCCCACUAGAGUGAAUAGGUGGAGAUAGCUAAGAGAUGAAAACAUCUGUCAUUUUCAUCUGUCACUUCCUCUUACUAAUACCCACCACAGGUCGAUCUGUGGAACAGCAAUGAGGAAAGCAACACAAGGCCCACAUACUUUCGCCUUCUGCAUCCCAACUCUCAGUCCCAGAGCAGGAGUGCAACCAGGGAGGAGGCGUGUCCCAGACCAACAUGUAACUACAUGCGCUAUGACCCUGGCUCUAACGGUCAGGCCCCAGCUUCUGGUGAGCAGCAGAGACCAUCCUCAAAUGUCUGCUGUCAGUGCCAGUGUCAAAGAUGUAUCCAACAAAGUGUAAGAAAUUCAGUCAGUUAUUCUUUACUGUAUCAUAUUUACAAGGUGCACAAUUUUUUUUUAAAAAUGUAAUCAUUGUUAUAAGUCAUAAGCACACAAAAAAGGACAUAUUAAAUCCAAGGGGUAUCUGAAGGUAGUGCAACUCUACACAUUAAUGUAACAAUCAAAUGUGCAUGGUUCGUCCCAUCAUUUAUGCUUGUCAGGAUAGUGUUUUUAUCAAUAAGAAAGAAAUUCCUUGCCUCUCAUAAGCCAAUUUAAAUGUAGGAUAUCUGUUAUUGUUGAUGAAUAAAAAGUCUGAAAGCAUUGUUUUUGUGUCCGUUUAAUAUUUUUUUUUUUUUAAUUCAUGGAGCAUUUUAAAUCCUUGCUUGAUGUGCUCUUUUGAUUUCUGUGUAGCCCCUGAUGCCAAGACAAAUUUUAAACCCAUGGCAUGAGCACCAAGGUAGAGACUAUGAGGUGAGUUACUUCACAGUCUUUUAGAAUACAGUAUGUGCCAAAAGUAACUGCUGAUAGUCCGGCAUCUUGAACGCCUGUGCGCUUUUGUCACCGUUGCAUAGCUCCAGCUGCCAUGUAUUCACUAGAGUGUGAGGGAAAUUGUGUUAGGCGGUUGUCUUUGGGAAAGGGUCUCUCUAAGGAGGAAAAAAUGUUCACAGUUGAGCACUACUUUUGCUUGCAAGUUAGGGGAUAAGUGAUUGUGGUGGUGGGGGGGGGGGUUGUGGUGUCCAUUGUUAAGAAAUUUUGUAGUUUUGUGGUAGGGUAUUGUGUCAGCGAAAGAGGAAGUUUGGUUGACCAGUAAAUUUUUUUUUAAGAAUAACGCCCAUUUUUACUAGAGUGUGAGGGAAAUUGUGUUAGGUGGUUGUCUUUGGGAAAGGGUCUCUCUAAGGAGGAAAAAAUGUUCACAGUUGAGCACUACUUUUGCUUGCAAGUUAGGGGAUAAGUGAUUGUGGUGGUGGGGGGGGGGGGUUGUGGUGUCCAUUGUUAAGAAAUUUUGUAGUUUUGUGGUAGUGUAUUGUGUCAGCGAAAGAGGAAGUUUGGUUGACCAGUAAAUUUUUUUAUAAGAAUAACGCCCAUUUUCUAGAAGAAUCUGUGUUCAAGGAACAUCUUUCAAAAACAUUAGCAUACAUAGGCUUAAGAACAUAAGUAAAUUUUCUUUUUAUAUACAUACAUUAGAUUACGCUUUACGGAGCCAUAUCUAUGAGCCAGGAUGAUGUAUUGUGGAAAUUUCUGGCUUUGGUGUCCGAGGAUCAAGUUUUUAUAGGAAUGCGUGAUUUUUCUUUGACAGUCACAUCUCUUUGUCUUGCACCGCUAGAAACUUUCUUCGGGAUAGUAUUUUGAAAGACUCUUAAUAAAGAUAAGGCUAUAAAAUAAUGCAGAGUGACUUAUUUUUUAAAACAAGAUGCAAAAAAAAAGCAUUUUACUUAAAUUAAUUCAGGGAUAAAAGGAUAAACUUGAACCAGCGAUUCCACACAUCUUUUUAAAGUAGGAUAAAUAACAUAACCAAUUGUAUUAUCUAAAACUCUGGCUUAAUAAUUUUUUUAAAAAACAUCAGGCUGAUGAGCUAUUCUCUGGGGCCCUCCCAAUUCGGAGAAUAUAGUGGCCAAAAAAAAAAAUUAUAAAUAAGCCAAAGGCACUGAGAAUAUUUAAGAAAUCAUUAAAUUAGUUACUAUAAUCAAUUGUAGUAUCUAAAACUCUCAAUAACUAAUAAAAGGAUAAAAUGACUUACAGAUAAGAUGUGAGGCCGUCCUGUUAAAAUUAAAAUAAGAUUUAAUGCUGUUUAAAUGGCCAUUGUUCCUCUGUUGCAGCCAGAAAACUCUGUGAGGGCAAGAAGCAGGACACACAGACACCACAUGUGUGAGGGCUGUUCCCACACUUCUCCAUGCCCUCAUAUAAACAAUCCCAGCCUGACUCAUGUCACAGCCAGCAUAAACUCAGCCUCCCCCAAUGGUCCGCACUCUAACCAGUUGCAUGUGAGCAUCAACUCAAGCAACCCCAAUGGUCCGCACUCUAACCAAUUACAUGUCAGCAUCAACUCAAGCAACCCCAAUGGCCAGCAGUGUGACCAAUCGCUUGCAAGCAACAACUCGGCCACUCCUGUCCAGCCGCACGUCUCGAGCGCCUCCGCUUCCAUUCCUCUGUCCAUCCAAGUCCACCCCCCCAGCUGCGCCCCAGUAAAUCCAUUUUCUGUCAGCAGUAGUACCUCGUCGAAUACCCAUCGCUCACCGCAACUCCACCAGCAUCACCAUCAUCAUCACCAUCACCAUUUAACACGACCAUUCCCGCACAUGCCACAUCGUCCUGAGCCUUUAGUACCUCUUUUUCCUCCAAGGCAUAGCAGGUAAAAUUCUUAAUCAGGAUGUUUCCAUUAAUUUUUUUCCAUAUUAAAAAAAGUUUCAGAGAAAUGUUACGUUUAUAGUAAAUUAUAUCAUUGGCUUUCAUUGAGAAUUAGAUACAGCGUUUUCUACGCUACGGAUAUAGCAUGUUCUUUUUGAUAAAUGGAAACUGGAAACAACUUGUCAUAAGUAACGUUAAAUAAAGCUUCAUUUCUUUUUUAUUGAAAUCAAAUUUCAACAAAUAAAAAUUUCCCGUUGCCAUUUAAUCUAGGAAACAUUAAACAGUGAAAAAUAUUCAUGGUUUGUGUUCAUGGCCAAUUAAUAUUGCAGAUUUUAAUUCAACUGAUUAAACUGCAUUUUAAAUAUUUUUUUUUUUUACAUUUCAGAAGCAGACCCCACAUGCCACACAGCAGUCUUCCUGGUAACAGAAGUGCAAAUGUCAAUACCCCUGGUGUCCUUAUGUGUGGUGGACAACUCAGAUGUAUGUUGUUUAAGUCAGUUUCUUUGAAAGCUCAGUUACAGAAAUUCAUAUUGAUACAAUCCAUAUCCUAGCUACCUUAAUUAUAAACAACAGCAGCAUGCUACUGUGUAUACCAUGAUCUCAAGCAAACCCCCCUAACUUUAUGUUUGAAAUAAAUCCCUAGUAUCAGAUCUGUUUACUCUAACGAUUUUGGUGUACUGUGUACGAUUUUGAGGAGUCUUUUACAAUUGUACGCUGAGACCUGUCAGAAUUAUGAUUUUUAAGAGACCGGGAAAAAAAAAUGUACAGGAACUUAAUAAUAUAAAUUUGUAAAAUAUAGAUAUAAAACAGUGUGAACAGGAUUAAUGCAGGGGAGGGCAACCCGUCAGCCACCACGUUAAACAUUGUGGCUCACCAUAUGUAUUAGAAACUAACUAAUUUCUUGAUUUAUUUAGCGAUUAUUUUCAUUUUUGGUGUAAACGAACAUUUAAAAUAUACACACAUCACUUUUUUGUGAUGGUACAAGCCAUUUUUUAAUAUUUUUUUUUGCAACUGCUGCUUUUUUGGACUGAUUUUUUUCUUUAAAAAUUGAAAUAAGUAAUAAAUAAUAAAACAUUUUACAAUUUAGAAACUACUCAAAUAAAAAGAUUUUUAUAAAUACAGCUAGGUAAGAGGAACAUAAUUUUCCACGGCCAUUACAAUUAAGUGCAGGGUCAUGCAAAAUUAUUUUCAGGUGUUCGCAAAAGUGCAUCCCUGCAUUUUGAAUUUAAAAAAAAAAAAAAAAGUUAAUAAUAAUAAUAAUAAAGUUUAUUUAAAAAAACACGCUUCAUCCCCAAAGGCUCGAAGCGCGGUACAAAGUCAACAAAAACAAAACCAACAACCUAUAAUUUACCACAAUUAAAAAAAACGCAACACUACAAAAACUAAUUACAAGCAUCCAAGUCAAAGUCAUUCUACCCAUUUCAACCCUAAGCAACACAGCCAAUAUGCAUUAACUGGAAAAUAUGGUAGACAAUCAUCCCAGAAGGUGUUUGUGAAAUAGAUGUGUCUUUAAAUCGGUUUUAAACGACUCCAAUGUCUGGUUGUUUCUGAGAGCGACAGGAAGGGCGUUCCAAAUUGUUGGGCCAUUUAAUGCCAAAGUGCGCUUUCCGUAAGUCUCAAGGCGAACACGUGGUGUCAAGAGUUUGCCACUAUCGGAUGAGCAUAGUUGUCUAGUGAAUACAUAAGGCGUCAGCAGCUCUUUCAGAUAGGACGGCGCCAGGUCAUGUAAGCAGUGGUAGCACAAAAUUGCAAUUUUGUACUCUAUGCGAGCGCGGACUGGCAGCCAGGAAUUCCAGGAAUUGGGCUCUGCCUCCUCCCUAAACCCCACUCCCUCGUUUGUUUGGGUGGCUGGUGGGUGUCUUCAGUUUCCGCAACCCCACCCCAUCUUCAUCUAUCAAAGUUGCAAAUUAAAAUUAUGAGCACUUUAAUUGCAAGUAAUAAAGCACUAUAUAUGAAUAUAAAAAUGUCGAUAUCUAUUUGACUAUUGCAAUGUGGUAUUGUACAAUUUUGAGAAGGUUAAGUAUAUUCUGAGAAUAUAUUUUACUAUUUUGGGAGUUCCAGUGUAACCAGGUCAACUUUAAAUGCCUUGCCAAAAUCAUUUAAAAUGUUUAAUUUUGUCACACUGACACAACUAAGCUAACAUCCCUUUUAUUACUUUAAAAGAGGCGCUACUUACAUUACUGAUGUGUGCAGAUUCAAUUCAGCCUGGGCUGUUGAAUACAAGUGGGAAAAUAAUAUUUGUUUGCAAAGGAAUUAGUAUUGAUCGUUUACUGGUAAUGAAAAUUUUCUUACCGGCCAAUAUAAUGCAAACCCCCUAUUUUUAAUUAGCCUUUUUAACCUUACAUUUCUGGCAAUAAAAGGGGUAAUAUAAGCAGACCUGUUUACUCUCACGAUUUUGGCGUACAAUGUACGAUUUUGAGGUGUAUGCAUUAUAUAUAAUGUAUGUUUAUUUUUUACUAUUAAGAUAAUGUAUUGAACGAUUUUGUGAUGAUAUUGUACGAUUUUAAGAGUUUGAGGGUAGACAGGUCUGUAUAAGGUAUGUAAUUCAUUUUAAUAUCCCAUCCCAUAUCAAUUAAAAACUUUCUUAAUAUUUAUUUUCGAUUAGCUGUGUUAAAGAAUGAAGUGAUCAUUUUGUUUAAUGUGUAAAAUUUCUUAUUUCUGUGUUGCCCGGUAAACUCUGUAUUGACCUAUACCUAUAAAAAUUGGUCUGUUUGUAAUCUCCACAGUCAACCGUCUACACCAGCCUCCUCAAGCACACAUUCACCACCACCACUACCACCCCGCUGCGGACAGCUUGGGCUUCCUCACCCUCAACUGCCCACCCACCCCGUUGAUGCAUUACCCAGGAACCCACCAUCCACCCACUCCGGCCCAGAACACUGCUCCCGGAGCACACCCCUGCCUCCAUUCCGCCCCUGGUUGUGGAGCCACCUGCUCCCAUGCAAGCUGCAUAGCUCAACCACCUUCCAUGGCAAAUCAGGUCAAUCCAUCCAGGUCGAUGGGGCCAAACCGAAUGAAGUAAGAAUUUUUUUUCCAGUUUUGCUAAAAAAUUAUAAUCCUCCCAUAGUUAACGUUUUCAUUUCGUUGGAAAAUAUUCUUAUUUCAUCACCACUUCUAUAGGCCUUAAGACAAUCCCACAUUUUCUGAGUUGGGACUCCACCAAUUUUUGGCUUUUAAGCAAUCUUUAUUCCUGCACACUGUGAUUUUAGGAGCCAUUAUUCGUAGAAAAAGUGUACCAUUUUUUUAAUUUUUGAGAUUAGCUAGUCAGUGAUUGACAGUAAGCUUCACUAUUAAAUAAAGAUUCUUGGUAAUUGAAGAUCAUAGUCAUUAGGAAGACCUGCCAGCCAAUUCAAUUCUUUUUUGGUUAAAAUUUGCACAUCCCCCCUCCCGCGCCCCCCUUUUCAAAAUUGUAUUUUAAAUAACUAAAGCAACUGUAUGUUUACUAUUAAAUGACCAAAAAAUGGCUGUACUGGAUGAGGUUUCUGCAGUUUUUAUCACAAGAACUUAGGCAGAAUUGGGCUGAACGUAGCCUUAGCUUUAGUCUCAUUUGUCUUUGCUAAAUGUAUUCAUCAUGACCCUGAGUGGGCCUCGGGUUAUUUACUGAUGAGCUGCCGCAUUGAAAGACGGAGGGUGGAUGAAUUAAAAUGUAGGUCACAUUUUCCCACAUGCGGGUCGAUUAUGCACCAAUUCAUUUGCCUUUUCCUUAAUUAUUAACAUAUUUUUUAAGUAACAUACCAUUUUUUAAAUUACCUUCCCUGUCUGUAAAAGCUCAAUCCAAAACAAAAGUAAGAAUGUACAUUUAUGACUUCUGUUUUUCCCUAAUAGUUCAUGUAUUUUGAUGUACUUGAACUUGUCCAAUUCUCCUCUAAUUCUUUAAAUGGCAGUUUAUUACUGGAUGUAAAUAUAAGCUGGUACUAAAAGAUCUAAUUCAAAUACAUAAAUUCUGAUGUCAUCAUGACAGUUUGACUUUUUUUUUUCCACAAAGAUUUAUUUAUUUUUCUCCAGCAUGGAAACUCUACCCCUGCAACCAUUACGUCGCCCCAGCUCUCCUUCACAAGCCUAUUAUGGAGCUCCUUAUGUAACAGGGCUGAGGCCACCAGUAGCACACCAACAGCUGCCGGCUGGAGCCUCGAUAUCCCCCUCACCACAGCUGCCCCCUCCUCCUCACACGUCACAGGGUGCCCCACCGCCACCAUCCUCAACACAGUCUCAGGGGACGGACCAGCACCCUCACCAGCACGCACACCAAAAUGUUGCUGCUGGCCCCUCGACACACCCACACCCUGGAAUGGUCUGCGAUCAUGCUCACGGUCACACCCACCCGCACGACCAGCGACGCAUGGUGAGUCCGUCGGGUGAAGUUCCCCAUAUGUUAACCCGCUUGAUUCGUAAUAAUGAGGUAAAACUCAGCAUUUUUUCAGCACAUUUUUCAAUAUUGUACCAGCCUAAUAUCUGCAUGAGCUCUGUGUUUGCUGUACCUGUAAUUUAACAGCCCUCCUUAUACUCAGAGGUAUUGGCUUCCUGUAUAUUUAAUGUAAUAGAUGAAUUUUUAAAAAAAAAUUUAUGUACAGCGCGGUGAGCCCAGCCCUAGGCUGGGGUACCGCGCUAUAUAAGACGUCUUAUUAUUAUUAUUAUUAUUAUAUGUGUUGUGAAAAAUCUAAAACACAGGUUCCCUACCCAUGGGUCACAACCCCAAAUGGGUUCAGGGAGGGUUAUCUUUUUUUUUAAAAAUGUGUUAGUUUUGCGGUUCAUUUUGCUCAACCAAAUGGGGGAAGUGACUAAAAUAGUUUGGGAACCUGUGAUCUAAUUUAUUAAGUCCAUAAACAUCAGAUAUAAUAAGUAUUUGACAAACCCAAUCUCUGAGCCCUGCUACCUAACUCUCAAGGGAAGAAUUUUUCCAGCCCUCAGUAACACUCCUAGAACUUAAUAGCAAAAUAAAACUAAAGAAAGUAAUUCAUUUUUUUCCCUGCCACUCAUGCUAGUUAUUAAUAACUUUUAAGCCUGAAACUGUCAUCAGGCCAUCAAAAGUUUUACAUAUUAGGCCUUGAUUUAGAUAGUGAUUUUUGUAUUGUAAGAAACCUAGCAGCCUGAAAAAGUUAUCAGCAAACCAAAGAUUAAAUUUUGCAGUAGAAAAUUAUUGGAUUUUAUCUAUAAAUUUGAUAAAUAUAUCUAAAUUCAUUAUCUUGUCUCGGUUCCCUCUUGUGGUUUUAAUGUUCCCAAAUUAGUCUUUUGUCUUCUAGUUAAUUUAUUUCGGCUUCAAAGUUUAGAUUGUAAAUAUAUAUAUUUAAAAAAGAAAUUAAAUUAAUCUCUUUAAUGGUUAACUAAACUGAGCAAAAAGAAUAUCAGCCGGAAACAGGGCAAACUUCAGUAGUCAGAAAAUACUCAAAAGUAAAAACAUUACAAGAGAAACAAAGAAAACUAUUUAUAAAACUGUAAUCAGAUCAUUUGUAACAUAUGCAAGUGAAACUUGGACCCUAACAAAAACAGCAGAAAACCUAUUAAACACAUGGGAGAGGAAAUUUCUCAGGAAAAUAUAUGGGCCAACAAUGGAUGAAUAUGGAUGGAGAAUAUGAACCAACCAUGAAUUAUUCAGUCUAUAUCGGGAUACCACGAUAGUAGCAGAAAUAAAAAGAGGCAGGCUAAGCUGGGUAGGACACCUAGAGGGAAUGCCAAAUGACAGAGGAACAAAGACGGUGCAUCACCAAUACCCCAGAAGAAAAGGGCUCAAAGGCAGACCUAGGCUUAGGUGGAUAGAAGAUGUGGAAAAAGAUCUACGGCAGCUGAAAGUCCAAGCAUGGAAAAGAAUGGCAUUAGUUAGGUCUGAGUGGAAGGAAGUGGUGCGGCAGGCCAAAGCCCUAAAUGGGCUGUAGUGCCACAGGGAUGGAUGGAUGGAUAAACUGAGCAAAUCUCAAGUUGGUGGUCUGGAGUUCAAUUCCAACCAAAGCCCAGUCAAAGCAAAAACACCACCAGCACCCCGGGUAGAUGGGAAUCGUUAACCUUGGAUGGCAACUCAUCUAAGAGAAGGAAACUCUGAAAUCAAACCCAGUGAUGGAGUCCCGAAAGGCGGAUAACAUUGGUACAAUGAAACAUUCUGACAACUCCUGCUACGCCACUGGUGCCAAGCUAUAUCAUCCAAUGAUGUUCCCUUGGGUUAUCCAGCGGCGUGGAGAGAGGCGAUUUGCUGUUGGGAACCAGCUUAUAAUCCUUGAAGAAUAAUCCCAAGCCUUGUGGAUUUCGUCCUCCAAAGCCCACACCAUCGUCAAUCACUAUCGGACGGAUGCCAGCAAAAAAAAAAAAAUUUGAAAAUUGUUGAGCUAGUCAUACAGCUUCAUUAAACUUUUAAUACAACAUAUUGAUUGGUAUUGCAAACAAGUAAUUUUUGGUCAAAAUUUUGUGAAUAGCUCAGUCUAGCUCUUUCUUUUAAAACCUUUAGCAUACUGACAUAUUUUAAAGAGUAUAACCAAAUGUCCACAAUUGGCUUUGUCAUUUGAAGUGUUUGUUCUUUCUUGCAGUAAAAUUACCACCUUUAAAAUAAAUUUGAUGUGUUAAAAAAAAAAAUAAUUUUAUAAAAAUAGAAUUGAAAUUUGAGCAAAUAGUUUUUUGGAAAAUAUAAUUGGCUUCAAUGAUUCACUUGACUUUAAUAACAUUCACCUUGUAAAUUUUGAUAAAAAUAGUAAGCAAUAAUAUAAUCAAUACUUUGAGAGCUCUUGGUCUUUUUUUUUUUUUUUUAAUAAUAGAACUAGAAAUUCUGAACUUUUAAAAAUUUGGGGUCACUCUUAAUAAAAGCUAAUUUCUAUUAAAAAGCUUGGCAGAGCAGUGCAUUCAUACAUUGAGUAUGUCACAAACUUUUGCCACCGUUGUUAAGAUAUCAUAGAUCUUUUCUUCUUUUAAAGCCACUGAUAAAAAAAGAAUGCCUAAUUAAAAAUAAAAUAAUGAAAAUUUGUGAUGUUUAAAUAAGCAAUAACUUUAUAAGACUGACUAAUACAAAUUAACUAAAAAAUUGUUGUUGUCUUUUUUUUCUAAACUUACUGCUUAACCUACUUGUUUCCACUAGUGUGUCUUUUAAUGUGACUAGCCUUGUCUCUCACUGUAAAGCACUAUCACCUGCUGCUGUUGGAUCUCAAUCUCAUUUUACUUGAAUGUGAAUUUUAGUUUCGACGAGUGGGGAUCUUAUCAGUUCAAUAAUAAAGUCUAAUCAUGUCAUUCAAACAUACCAAAGUUUAUUUACUGCACCUUUUAGUCAAUUAUUAGAAUGAAGUAAAAACCUGAUCAGUUCAUAACCAUACUUUGGUACUACUGCCCAAAGUAAACAAGUAAAAGAUGGCUUUUAAGUGGACCGAGGGAAGCCGCAGAGCUAUACCAAGAAACCAUUGGUCAGUGACUGAAGUUUCUCCAGGUUCAUAUAUAGGUGCAUAAAAAUUAUUGUGUUUCACAAGCUCAAAGGCUAAAAUUAAUCAGAGUUGCUAGAGAAAAUUUAAAUAAACUGAGAGCUAACAUGAUAUUCAAAGUACAUGUGGUAAAUAGCUUAGAGCUUUCCCUUGAGAGCUGACAUGAUAUUCAAAGUAUAUGUGGUAAAUAGCAAAGAUCUUUCCCCUGAGAACUGAGAUGAUAUUCAAAGUACAUGUGGUAGAAUGCAUAAAGCUUUCCCCUAAGAACUAACAUGACAUUCAAAGUAUAUGUGGUAAAUAGAAUAAAGCUGACGUGUUGUAGAUAUCUUCAAUUCAAGAUAUCCAUCAAUUGAAAUCAACACAACACAAGAACAUUAUAGCACGUUUAAAAAUGGAACUGACAAUGUAACUGAUCUAUGGUUUCUAUCUCACUAUGGUAUAUCAGCCAAAAGAAAAGGCAAAACCACAAAGGGCAGACAGCUGAACAGGCACUACACAAAAGUCAGAAGAUGCAUCUUCAGUUGGACUGGGGAAAAUACAAGAACAAUGUCUACUAUCAACUACCAAAUAUUACUCAAGAUCUUCAGACCAUGCGCACUCAAGAUCUUCAGACCCUGCGCAGACUGCAUUACAACAAAAAAUUAGUUUAUGACAGAAGCAAAAAGGAAAUGAUGUAAUGGCAAAAUGACUAGGGCAAUGCACCAGAUCUGCUUCAGUCAAAGGGCCAUCACUUUGGUGACCUGAGAAGUCUCCACCGCUCCACUGUUGACUUACGGGCCAGCAAUAGUGUGAGGCAAAUUAUAAUCAUUGUCAGCAAUGGGAUACUUGUAUAUUUGGCAAUAGGGAUUUGGCAUUCUCAUUCCCCAAGCUUUGUUACUAAUGUUUUUAUUGGUUGUUGCUUUGUUUUAAAAACUUUUUCUCAUUUAAGCUAAAAAUAUGUCUUUCUUAUCUUCCCUUUGCUAUAGUAUCCCUGGGCAGAUUUGAUGCCUUAUCCAAGUAUGCCUGUGCAUAUGCCCUUCCAUCAACUUAUGGACAGGCAAAUGAUGGAGCUUGUGAGUGGUGCUUUUUUUUUUUUAAACUCUGAAUAUAUCAUCAAGACAUUUAUCAAAUCAGUUGAAAUUUAAAGUAUAAUUUUAAAAAAGAAGUUGCUAUAUUUUUAAUUGUCUAAUCAAUAGAUUUAUUUAAUCUUUAUUUUUGCCUUUCAGGACUUUCAUCCUUAUCGUCAAGUAGUGCCACCAAGGGUAAGUAAUGCUUCACACCUGUGUCCAUGCUCACUGGAGAUUAAUGAGGCACAAACAAUUUGUGUAAAUAAAACAAUAUAGGUUAAGUUUUAUAAUGGUGAUACAGAAUAAAAAUGUAAAUGUGUAGGCAGAUGCCUCCUUCCGUCCAUCCCUGUGGCACUAUAGCCCAUUUAGGGCAUUGGCUGGCCUUCCUUAGAUCUUUUUCCACAUCAUCCAUCUAUCUAAGCCUAAAUCUGCCUUUGAGUCGUUUUCCUCUGGAGUUUUUGUGAUUUACCCUCUUCAGUCAUCUGUCAUUCCACAUUCUUUUAAAAGUGUCCUGCCCAGCAUAGCUGACCCUUUUUUAUUUCUGCUACUAGCAUGGGAUCCUGAUAUAGACUACAAUUCUUGAUUGGUUCUUAUUCUCCAUCCAUAUUCAUCCACUUUUGGUUCAUAUAUUUUCCAGGGAACUUUUCUCUCCCAUGUGUUUAAUAUGUUUUCUCUUACUCAGUACAUCAUCUCCUCCCUACACUAAAAAAAAAAAAACCAACAACCCACAUUCAUAUAGUAUAAAUUAAAUUUACAUAAUAUAUAUUUACAUGUAUUCUACCUAAACAUGAAAGAAUAAGAAUGUAAGAAUGGGCACUAGUCCCUGUAAAAAAAAAAAACCCUUAUCAGAAUGGAAAGGAAGUGGGUGGAAGUAAUAUUUUCAAACCAAAAUGGAAAAAAAAACAUUGCUGCCAUGUAAAAUUGGGAAUAUUGUUUAUUCCAUACAGAGUCAAAGUACCAAAUCUUGUAAUCAUGCUCAUUGACUUCUUCUUAUUUCUGUAAACCCAGGGGGGAGGGGGUGGGGCAUCGCAAGAGGUUAUAGGACUAUUUUUCUUCACUUGUUACUGUUACUCCAUAUUGGCUGGAUAUUGUGUUGCCCAAUCAUUUCUUCUGCCUUUUUUUUAUUUUUCUUGGCAUGGUUUACGAGGUAACUUUUGAGUGGCCUGAUCUAUUGACGUACAUGUAUGAUUUAAUUAUUCACUCUAUUGACCCCAGGUCUGGAAAAAAGCCUGUAAUGCCAUGAAUGAAAAGAUUUUAUUUAAUGAUCUAGAUUCUGUCUUGUCUUGAUUUAGCAGAGAGUUGUAAUAUUAUUAAACUGUACAGUGGCCUUGUGUUAAAAAUGAGAGAAGCACAUGGCAAGUGUUAUUUUCUUUUCCCAUUUAAUUUAGCAUGUGGCAAUAGACAUUCGACGCCAUCCACACUUUGACAUGGGUCACUGCAAUAUGGGGGCCACACAGGAGGUCAUUGAACGGAACACCCUGCCACACAAGUACAAAAAGGUAACAUUUGAUCAUUUUAACGAGAGAAGAAUGAGUCAGGAUAAGAACGGUGUAUAUUAUUAACAUAUAGAAGGGAGGAUCAAAUCAUUACUUACCUCCUAAAAUAUAUCCAUUAAACACUUAUUUCCCAAUCUGGAGGAAUGCCAAGUACUGAACAUGAUUGGGGAGGCAACUGUAUAGACAUAUAAUUUUUAUACAAUUCAGGAAUUAAUAAGAAAUUAUGUUCCAGUUCAUUCAAUGUUGCCUUAUAUAGAUGUAUAUAAAUAAUUGCCCCAACAGCAACUUACAUGAACUCUCGAUCAUAAAAUUAGUUUUUUGAAAAAAUACUAAGCAGCAUGCAACUGAAAGUAACUUUGACUAGCAGAAACAGAUACUAAAUCUAAUGUAAAUCAAUUGAAUUAUUGAAUGAUGUGAUUACAAUAUGCAACAGGUGGAAACAAGUUCAAGUGCUGAUGAGGGAGCAGAUGGCAACAAUCAUCAGGAAAAAUGUACCAUAUGCCUCAGUGAAUUUGAGACUGGUGAAGAUGUUAGGUAAGUAAUCAAUAAAUUUUGUUGCCUGCUUGAUCGUCUUUGAUUAGACAUCAGUGUUUAAAAUGACAUGUAUCGAAGAAAAAAUGGGGGGGCUGGAUUGAUAUAUAAAAAAAAUGACGACAUAGCGGGGUCUGAGUUUGGAAAACGAACAAGCCUAAUAUUUCAUAGAAAAAAUUUCUAGUAAAAUAGUUUGGAGGAGGGACAUACCAAAAUUAUUAAUUUAUUACAAAACUUCAAAGUGUAAAACAAAAUAUUUAAAAAAAAACAGAAAUUUAAAAUUAUUGAUUUUUUUUUUUCAACUGUUUUAUAUUUAUUCAGCUAUAUUAGAUUUAGAUAUAUUCAUGUCAUUGUUACAGUCAGAUCUUGAUACUUGUCAGAUACUCUUCAAUAAAUAUUUAAUCUUUUGCUUUUCAGGCGACUUCCCUGCAUGCAUCUGUUUCAUAGUGAAUGUGUCGACCAGUGGCUCUCCACAAAUAAAAACUGCCCCAUAUGCCGUGUUGACAUUGAAGCUGGGGCGUUUAAAGGGAUACUUUUUCUUGGAGGAGCAGGUGGACACAGUCAAUGACAAAAAUAGAUGCUCUGGGAGGAGCAGGUGGACACAGUCAAUGAUGACAAUAGAUGCUCUGGGAGGAGCAGGUGGACACAGUCAAUGAUAAAAAUAGAUGUUCUGGGAGGAGCAGGUGGACACAGUCAAUGAUGACAAUAGAUGUUCUGGGAGGAGCAGGGAUGUUCUGGGAGGAGCAGGUGUCAAUAAUAAUCGAUGCUCUGGGAGGAGCAGGUGGACACAGUCAAUGAUGACAAUAGAUGUUCUGGGAGGAGCAGGGAUGUUCUGGGAGGAGCAGGUGUCAAUAAUAAUAGAUGCUCUGGGAGGAGCAGGUGGACACAGUCAAUGAUGACAAUAGAUGCUCUGCAUCAUUGGGGUUUUCCUUUAUGUACUCUCAGUCACAUGAACCUGUUGACCAAUGACUCUCAACCUAACAAUAUUGCCAAGCCAAGUAGAGCAUGUUGUGUGGACCAUUAAAUUGUCAAGUUGAAUUAGCCCAUGAAUGCUAUUGGUACGCUGAAUGGCUUGAAAGUGAAGAAACAGAAAAGUCAUAUAUUUGUUUAGUUGAUGAGUGAAACAAGAAUUCAUCACUGGAUCAUGUUUUGUUGUCACCAUCUGGAGUAUUGAAUUGUCAAUGAGCGUUGAAAGGCUGUUGGGAAACUUAAAAGAUGUAUCAGCAAUUUUCCGUUUUUUUGUUGCUGUAAAUGGAAAGAGUUAAAAGUAUGUGCUGAUAGUCUUUCUUCAAUCAAUUGGUGGCCAUUUGUGACAUUACUGUUAUCACGCCAACAGCCGCAUCCACAUAGCUUCCUCAUACACAUACAGCCUCGUACACAUGCAUGUGCUCCCCACCUUAGCCUUAUACACAGACACCUGCUUGCAGAAUAGCCUCACACUCGUGCAUCUUCUUGUCAUGGAUGAAUGACUUAAAUCUUACAGUAAAUUUUCCCCCUCCGUAAAAUGUGCAGAGCGAACACUUCAUUUCAAUUGCUUCCUCAACUCAAAGAGACCCUAUUCAAUAACGUAG